GGAGCCCAGCUGCAUCAGCACCGGAGCCCAGGAUAGAUGGAUGCACUUCCAGGAGCCCCCUUACCCUCCAAGGACCGGGACUGUGAUACAGACAUGAUAUGAUACCGAAUAAUAUGCACGCCGUCGUUUCUUCGCGCUGCCACUGACACGGAUAUAUCCUGUCAUUGAAGUUAAAGCAACACUUCAGUUGUUCCUUUUUUGUGCGCCCAUCGCAUCGAGCCACUUUUGAAGUGUUUGCAGGACUGCAUGCAUGACUGCUGUCGGCUGCUGACACCGGAGCUAGGACUCUGGUAACCGAUUCACUUUCUCGCCGCCGUGCUGCAACUUAAGGUCAUAUUCAGUGGAGUAUGGCUUUGGAAGACAAGCGUGGCAAAGGCUUAUCUUUCACGCAGAUGGGCAUCGAAGACAACUCUAUGAGCAACGGGAGAGGCCUCCCGGAUCAAUGGGCCGACACCGUUGUGGUGCGACCCAGGACGACCGAGCGACACAUCACGGUGCACAAGAGGCUUGUGCUGGGGUUUGCCGUCUCCAUCCUGACGCUGAUAGCGGUAACGGCGGUCGCCGUGCUGCUCGGGGUGCGCUUUGAUGAGUGUUCCACCGAGAGCGUCCACCGGGCUGCCAACGGCACCUCCACAAAGUCCAACCAGUCCCGGGAUUCCCAGUCCAACCACAGGGAGGAGGACACUCAACCAUGGAGGCACGUGCGACUGCCAGCAUCCCUGCGACCGCGCCACUAUGACCUGAAGCUGUCAGUCUACAUGGAUAACUUCACCUUCUCCGGGGAGGUAAACAUCGAAGUGGAGUGCAUCACCUCCACCAGGUUCAUCGUCCUGCAUGCCGACCGGCUGGAGCUGGAAAAGGCGGUGGUCUACUCGGACAGCAAGAAACCCGGCGUCAUGCGAAUCAAUCGCCGCUUCAGUUAUCCGGCCAACCAGGUUUAUGUCAUUGCUUUGCACAGGGAGCUAAAGCCCCUCCGGACAUACAAAAUAAAUAUCACGUUUGAAGCACAAAUUGAAAACGAACUUCUGGGAUUUUUUCGCAGCUCCUAUGUUUUGAACGGAGAAAAAAGGUUCCUUGCUGUAACGCAGUUCUCCCCCACACACGCCCGGAAAGCCUUCCCGUGCUUCGACGAGCCCAUCUACAAAGCCACGUUUAAGAUCAGCCUGAAGCACGACAGCACCUAUCUGUCACUGUCCAACAUGCCGGUGGAAACGUCCUUAAUGGACGAAGACGGAUGGGUGACCAACCACUUUGCCCGAACUCCACGCAUGUCCACGUACUAUCUAGCCUGGGCGGUGUGUAACUUCACGUACAAGGAGACCUUCACCGAGAGCGGCGUGGUGAUACGACUCUAUGGCAGACCCAAUGCCAUCCAGAGAGGAUCAGGAGACUACGCACUUCAGAUCACCAAGAGGCUGCUGCAGUUUUAUGAAGAGUACUUCAAAGUAAAAUACUCACUCCCCAAAUUAGACCUCCUCGCUGUGCCAAAGCACCCCUAUGCCGCCAUGGAAAACUGGGGCCUCAGUGUCUUUGUGGAGCAGAAGAUCCUUCUGGAGCCUGAGGUGUCCUCGUUCUCCUACCUGAUGGAGCUUACCAUGGUGGUGGUCCACGAGAUCUGUCAUCAGUGGUUUGGCGACCUCGUGACCCCUGUUUGGUGGGAGGACGUCUGGCUGAAGGAGGGUUUUGCUCACUUCUUUGAGUAUGUGGGCACUGACUUCCUCUUCCCCAAGUGGAACAUGGAAAAGCAGCGCUUCCUGACAGACGUCCUGCACGAGGUGAUGCUGCUGGACGGCCUUGCCAGCUCGCACCCCAUCUCCCAAGAGGUCUUCCAGGCCGCUGACAUCGACAGGGUGUUCGACUGGAUCGCCUACAAGAAGGGUGCCGCCCUCAUCCGGAUGCUGGCAAACGUCAUGGGGCAGUCUGUGUUCCAGAGGGGCUUAAAUGAUUAUCUGAUGACACACAUGUACGGCAACGCGGCGAGGGACGAUCUGUGGAACAAGUUUUCCGAGGCCCUGCAGAGGGAGGGGAAGGAAAUCAAUAUCAAGGAGGUGAUGGAUUGCUGGACAUUACAGAUGGGCUACCCCGUGGUCACCAUCAGCAAGAACGACUCCCUGGACAACAGCGUCAUCAUCAGCCAAGAGCACUUCGUCUACGACGCGGACGCUAAGACCAGGAACCCGGGCGUCUUCAAGGCGAGUUUUCAGUGGCAGAUUCCCCUCUCAUUCUCCAUCGGAAAUUCAACUCACAUAUCCCCGGAAUCGAUCAUCUGGAUCUCCAACAGAACAGAGUCACACAAAAUCAGCCUGAUGGAUGAGAGCAUGUGGCUGCUUGGAAACAUCAAUCAGACUGGUUACUUUCGAGUCAACUACGAUCUCCAGAACUGGAAGCUUCUCAUUAAGCAGCUCCUGAAGAAUCCCACGGUUAUAUCUGUGGGGAACAGAGCUGGGCUUAUUGAUGACGUCUUUAACCUCGCAAGAGCCGGAUAUCUGCCCCAGAACAUCCCCUUGGAGAUCAUCCACUACCUGCCACAGGAGAAGGAGUUCCUGCCCUGGCAUGCGGCCAGCCGCUCCCUCUACCAGCUGGACAAGCUCCUGGACCGGACCGAAGAGUACAGCCUCUUCAGUGACUACGUGCUAAAGCAGGUGGCCUCCAUGUACCACCGGCUGGGCUGGCCGAACAGCUCCUCCGACAGCUCUGUCAUGCAGGCGGUCUACCAGACCGAACAGCUACAGAGGGAAGUUCUCAUGCUGGCCUGCAGUUUCGGGAACAAGCACUGUCAUCGGCAAGCCAUCGCCCUCAUCUCCGAUUGGAUAUCCAGCAACAAGAACCGGAUCCCACCAAACGUGAGGGACAUCGUCUACUGCACGGGCGUGUCCCUCAUGGACGAAGACGUGUGGGAGUUCAUCUGGAUGAAGUUCCACUCCACGUCGGCCGUCUCGGAGAAGAAGGUGCUCCUGGAGGCCCUGACCUGCAGUGACAAUACAUACCUGCUGAACCGGCUCCUGAACCUCUCCCUGACUUCAGACCUGGUUCCAGAUCAGGAUGUUAUAGACGUCAUCAUACACGUGGGUCGGAAUCCACAUGGAAGGCAGCUGGCCUGGAGGUAUUUCAGGGAGAAGUGGGACAUUUUAAAUUCCAGAUAUGGCGAGGCCUUAUUUAUGAAUUCCAAACUAAUCAACGGAGUGACCGAAUUUCUAAACACGGAGACAGAACUCAGUGAGCUGAAGGAGUUCAUCCGCAGCAGCGGAGGAGUGGCGGCCGCCUUCGCCCGGGCCGUGGAGAUCGUAGGCGCCAAUGUCAGGUGGCACCGGCUCUAUGAGCAGCAGUUCUACCAGUGGCUGAGGAAAUCUCCCAAUCUCUGAUGGUGAUAAAUAUUUAUAGCAUGGGAUCUCUUUGGAACAUUUGUACUCUGGUAAAAAAAAAAGGGGGAAAACGUUUUAUUUAUUUGAUUUUUUUUGAAGACUUGCAAAUUAAAUCGCUCGUGAUCUUUAUUUUCAUUUUUUCGCUUCAUGAAAAGAAAGGUGGAUAAGACAAGGAAAGGGGGAGAUGCAGAAAGGAAUGUGUGGGACUGAUUACGGUCCCGAAUCGCGUGAAGGGUUGCGUUUUCGCAGGGGUUGCAUGUCAUUCAUCUUCGCUCAGCGUUUUCUUUUCAUGCAUGGUUGUUCACUCCCUCGCUGCUUCCAGCAUGAUGACCCAUUUUUCCUAGUCACAGGAACCCCAGACUGCUUUUAAAGUGCCGUAAGAAAAAGUAACAAAUUAAGGCACUCGCAACAACCGCAAGCAUAGAAUGGCUACCGCGAGAAUCCGUCUUAUUGAUGCUGAGUUGUGUAGGGGGAACCGAAUAUAACAGGUGGCAGAAGACAAGUUUAGUCAGGAACUUUGUCUCUUCUAGUAGCCAUAGUGACGCGCGGCACAAAGGAAGCUAUGCCAGCCAUUGUUAGGACUGGUCCACGUAGGAGAUGGUGUUCAGUGUCGUGUGUAAUCUGUAGGAAGAUUGAUCUUGUAGGUCCUCGCACUGCCCUGUAAGCAAUUCAAGCUUAAUAAUUGGCCAUGGAAGGUGAGCCAGUGUGAAGUGGGCAGCUCUGAUUGGUCCGACGCUAUCUCAGAUGACAACUUUUUUAAUGCUGGGUGGUCUUCAGAUUUCGGUGUUGAGAAAAUGUCAGUGUGAUUUAUAUUGUAUGUAAAAUAGUCCAUAUCUGUGGAUUCAUUGGUAUGUACGGAUGGCCUGUUGAUAUCGUACUGUAUAAGCACAAGUCUAGAUCGAUUUACUUUGGUAUAUUUAUUUGCUGGAGUAUGAUAGGCUACCAAAUAAAAUCUGUUUAUUAUUGUUUCAUUCUAAGUUCUUUCGAUGACUGGAAUUUAGCUGUAUCCCACGUAUCAUUACUAUGAAUAGCACCCUACAAUCGUUCUGUCCCCGAGGCACUCCGCCUCAGAUUUUCAUUCCAGUUUUCAGCCGUUUCCAAAUCACUGUCAGGCUUGGCGGUUCACGACGUAUCCUUGCUUGUCAGAAAGCCGGAAGCCGUAGAUGUGUGUUCCUCUGAUUCACAUCCCCGCCAGUCCACGCUCGUUUUCACGUGUGGGAGAGCACGGUGUGAAGGUAGAACUGUUUAAGCCAAGCUCUGAAGCGUGAAUCACAGAUGUCGGUCACAUUGCUCUUGUUCCUUUGUCUUUAAUUGUUAACAUAACAGCAUUUUUUCUUUUCUAAAUGAGAAACAAUAUCUUCUGUAUUUUAAGCAGAACAUCUAUUGAAUUUUAACUUGGACAAUAAAGUCUUUUGUACAGUA